CCCGGAAGUGAACUUACCGGAAGUUUACAUUGGAAUUCUAAAAUGGCCACCAAGUAAACGACUUUACGGAAAAGUACUUUUAUAUUUAAUUAUUUUCUUGACAAAUUAUAUCAAAAUAUGAAAAAGGAAAGACCUCUUUAUCUUUAACUGAAGAGAAUUAAGUGAAGGUCAUUUGUGUAAAAUAAAAGAGGUUGAAGAGAUUACCGGUACACAGACAGCAAAUUAUGACAAAAAAUAUAAACAAACCUAACAAACCUACAUCAGUACAGGAGAAUAUAUCAUCCACCACAGACAACCAGGAUAUACCAGAACUUGAUACUUAUAUCAUGGAGGAUAAUAAUAAUAUACCUACUACAUUUCAGAGUGAAGAUCUUGGCCUAGAUUUAGAUUUUGGAAACUCAGAUGAUUUUUAUGUGUCAUCCGAAGGAGAGUAUGAAUGGGAGAGUGAAGAUGAGGACACAUCCCUCCCCGUGUCCCUCCCUGUUAUUCACGGUGGAUUAAAACAUAAAGAAAUAAAAACGCUGAAUGGUGAUAAUAAUAUCAGUUUAACAGCUAGUAAAGGAGCACUUGUUCCAUUAGAUAUAGAAGAUGAUGAUGAUAUUGGUAGUGAUGAAGAGAGAGAUUUAUUAAGAGGAAUAAAAGAUGAAAUAGAACUAAAAGUACGAGAGGAAAUGAAGAGUGAACUGGAGAUGUAUAAGGAGAAAUUAAAAGCAAUUGAAAAUGGUAGAAUUGAUGAUGGCAAUGAUGAAAAGAAAAUUAAUGGAGACGAAGACUUAGAGAACAUGGAUCCAAAAAUAAAAGAAGCAUUGAUUAAAAUGAGAAAACUUGACCGAAUUUUAAAUAAAAAGUUGAAACGUGAGAAAGAAGUGAAGAAAGAUCGAAUCUUGUUGGAGCGAAGAAUGAGAGAAGAGAUCGCUGGAUUAAAGACUGUUGGUAAAGAACAUCGUGAAUCUAAAACUAACACCGAUAAAUAUCUGGCAUUGGCGUUACCACCAAGUCACAAUGAAGGUGUUUUGUUAGACUCUCCGUCGGUUACCCCAGUUUUUCAAACACAAGUGGAUGAAACAGAUUUUAACGGGGGAGGCGGAAAAAAAAAAAAAGGAACUAAAUCAACAGAUGACCAAGGAAACGUCACGACGGAUGAAAAUGGCCGUCCACUCAAUUCAGCAACAGAAGGCAAAAAGAAGAGGAAAAAUAAGAAGGAUUUUAUUAAGAGAAAUAAAGAGUUGGCAUCACAAGCUGAAGAGAGUAUAGCUAUGACAGAUGAAGAAAAGAAACGUGUCAGUGGUUUAUUAGAUGAUCUAGAAUCGUUACCAGAUGUUCCAGAUGAUAUUUCUAUGUUUAUGGCUGAGGAGAAUCCGUUUCAGAUAGCUGUUCGACCUGGUGAAGGUUUUUUACCUGAUAAUAUAGAAUUACGUUCGUUAGCUAAUAUUGACAGUCAAUUAAAACAUAUCAUGCCUUCUGACGACUAUGAAUCUUUGAUGAGUUUUCCUAACAAUAAUUCACCACAGCACAAACUUUUCACAAGAGUGGGCGUGAAAUCCGUUUUAGAUUUCGAGAAAUAUGGUGAGCGGGCAUUAGUUGAAACUAAAGAACAACGAGAAAUGAAGGAAAAAUUAAAGAAAAUUGAAGAAGAAUUGGCGUUGUUUAGUAACCCUCGAGAAAUGCAGUUUGAAACACCGAGUUUAUCUGGGGAUCAGUUAAAUGAUUUAUUAGAAGAUUGUGCUAGAUCAAUGUCAAGGACAUCAUGUAUGACAGAAAAUGACUCGUUACCCGAGACUACUCCCAGAUCAGUCCAAUCAUCAUCUAGAUCUAGUCUCUAUGACAACCCACCUGUUCUUCCUCAUGAUGUCUUACAAAAAUUACUAGCUGAAGCUUAUUGUCCAAUCAGUAGCAAGCUUUCAUCUGUCGAAGAAGAAACUGAUGAAGAAGAAGAAAUGGGUCCAAUAUCUGCUGAAACGUGGAGAGUGGUUGCCGAGCAGAAAGUCGAUGAUGAAGCAAUCAAAAACAUAAACAUCACACACAAGCAUUCAACAAGCGACAGCCAUCUCAGAAAUUCACGAUCUCGACAAUCUAGUUUUGAAGAAUAUAAUCAGAAUAUUUUCUCCUCUCAAAGUGAAACUUAUAAACCAGAAUACGAAAAGCGGCCAUUUUUACCUGAAAUCAGUAAAAGUCCAUUUUUAAUUUCACAAGGACUGAAUAAUGAAAUUGUCCGUCCAACAAGCAGUGGUCGACAUGGUUCUUCUGGUGAUCCGGGCUCCAUUCAAAUUAUACGGAACAGUUUACAAGACAAUAAUAAUAGCAGUAGUAUGACUAUCGAGUCGUUCUCUGAUUGUAACAGUGAUGUAGGGGAGAUAACUCCUGUACCACGACCACCAUCUUGCGAUAAGAGACCUUCAUCCAAUCAAAGCAGUCGUUCUGUUCGUACUUUAACUCCGAGUUCUUCAGAAUCUUAAGUCGUUGAAAUUCACGGUGUAAUUUAUAUAUAUACCGGUAUUUGGCUUUUAACGGUGAUCUGUCGUCAACAGAUACGAAAUUAUUGUAUAGUAAUGAGAUUCCAUAUUUGGUGUUGACAGACUAGAUCAGGCCCCAAGUUCACAAAGCAUUCUCAGACUUAAAUUAAGAAUUUACUCAACUUUCAAUCACUGUUCAUGAGAAAUAUCUUUGAUCCAGGAACAUAAAACUUUGCACAUAUAGUUUCUUAUUGAUGUAUUUGAUACAUUAAAACAAUAAAAGUUUUAUAAAGGGCUAUAUUUUAGUUAAAAUAAGGCAAACAAUUUUGAGUAAAAUGUUAACUUAAUUCUGAGAACGUUUUGUAAACUCGGGGCCAGGCCGUUUGGGGAGAAGAUAAAUCAGGCUCCUUGGAGGAGGUCAUUUCAUCUAUCCGGAAUUCGAGAGUUAGGGUUAACGUACUAAGCUAUGUAAUUGUUUUUUUUUGCAAUCUGUUUAAUGCCUACCAUGUUUUUGCCAGUUAAUUAAAAUGCUAUAGAUACAGUAAACCUCACAUAAGUCAGAUUCAUAUAAGUUGGAUCUUUGCUCAACUCGGAUGAAGUCAAUUGGCCCCUUAAUCCUGCACGUUUUUUGUUAUUAAAUUUCUGUGCGUAAGUCGGAUCUUCGCUCAACUCGGAUCAGAAUGUUUGGUCCAUUUGAUCUAAUUCCGGCUUUUUUCCUUCGCCUAAGUCGGAUCGGCAGUAUGUUCAGAAUGUCACUGUCAGUUUUGUCCCGAUGGUAUAAAACACGGUUAGGUAUUCCAUGCACAGAGCCCCAAAAUACUUUCCUCUAUCAUUUUGACCCAAAUCACCCUAUUUGACGCGACGCAAUAAUAUAAUUUUCCUGGAAAAUUCGAAACUCGCUGUCUGCUGUUCGAGACACUUUCCGGGAAAAUUUUUAGGACAUUUUUCAAAGAUGGCGACAAAAUGGAAGUUAUCUACUCACACAUACAAACAAAAGCUUGAAAUGUGUCUUUGAAUCAAUUAUUAUCUGGCUCUUGCAGUUUAUUUCUAAUCGAGCUAAGAUUGAAUUUCGGUCUUCGGCUCACUCAGAUCUUCACUUAACUCGGAUAAAAUUGGUCAGUCCACUUAGAUCCAACUUAUGCGAAGUUUACUGUAUUGUCAUCAAUUGUUUGUGUACCCCUGUAUAAACAAGAUAUGAAAUAAAUGUUUCAUAUUGUGCUUUAAAGUUUAUUGUCGAGAAGAUCUACACUUACACGUAUUAAUGUGAAUAUUCUAUAUGAGACCGACAGUUACAGUUUUCUAAUGGUAAAGGGAAACAUAUUAGAGUUAACUCCAUUGAUGGGCAUGUUUGCUUGGAAUAGAUGGAAGUCAAUUCGUAUGAUUUCAUGCAGUACCUAAAAUAAUAGAUAACCAAUAAAAUGUUCGAUUUACAAAUAAUCUCUAUUUUACAGUCCCUAAUUGUUGGGUUGCCGAUUCGGGAAAUCCUUACAUAUUUGUAUGAGCUCCAUUGGUGUUUCUACUUGCCACAUACCAAAAUUGCCAUAAUUUUAUUGGAAAUAAUCACCUGAUAAAUACUUCUCUGGGAUAGUAUCUUUAAGUCUAAUCACUAAUUUCCAGAGAUUCCACAGCAUUACAUAUUUUUGUGUUUUCACUGAAGUAAAGUAAAUGUGUAUCUAUAAUUUAUUGUAGUUUUAUUGUGUAAAUAUCUGUGUAUUUAAAGAAGAAAAAA